AGUAUGUGAUUUGCACAUUUAUGAUAAUGAGUUUGUUUUAUGAUCACAAGCAGGUGGCUGAAAUGGGAAAAGAAAUCGUUGGGAUCAUCAGGGGUUGCAUCAAAGUCGUUUCUUGUGGUAAAAACAUCACGAGGCCUAGCAAUGAAGAUUCCGAUCUUAAAUUCAAACCCAUUUGCACCAAACUUGCUUACAUUCUUGGCCUUAGAGUUUCCGCUUCACACAGGAGAAAAGGUAUUGGUCUGAAACUAGUUAACAGAAUGGAAGAAUGGUUUCGAAGAAAUGGUGCAGAGUACUCAUACAUGGCUACUGAGCUUGACAACAAAGCUUCACUAAACCUUUUCACCCAAAAAUGCUACUACACCAAAUUUCGUACCCCUUCAAUUUUGGUCCAACCGGUCUUUGCUCACCGAGUCAAAACUCACCGCAAUCAAGUCACCAUUAUUGAACUCACCCCACCGGAGGCUGAGACCCUCUACCGCCGCCAAUUCUCCGCCACCGAGUUUUUUCCUCAGGACAUUGAUAGAAUUGUGGAAAACAAGCUCAAUGUUGGUACAUUUUUAGCUGUCCCAACCGAGUUUUUGUGGACGGGUUUGGAAAGGUUUCUAUCCAAGCCGCCCGAGUCAUGGGCUGUUUUGAGUGCAUGGAAUUGUAAGGAGGUGUUUACAUUGGAAAUCAAAGGUGCAUCGCUUGCACGGCGCUUGGCUGCCAAGGCAACUCGCAUGGUGGAUAGGGCGCUGCCUUGGCUGAGGAUACCUUCGGUCCCCAAUAUUUUCAGGCCAUUUGGGUUGCUUUUCCUGUAUGGGUUAGGAGGACAAGGGCCACGCGCAGAUAAGCUGGCAAAGGUGCUUUUUGGCCAUGCACAUAACGUAGCUAGGGAAUUGAGCUGUGGGGUGUUGGUGACUGAAGUAGCCGACCAAGAACCGUUGAGGUUAGCAGUACCACAUUGGAAGUGGCUAUCGUGCGCCGAGGAUGUGUGGUGCAUCAAGAGGCUUGUUGAGGACUAUAGUGAUGGGUCACUUGGGGACUGGACCAAAUCUCCACCCGGGUUAUCAAUUUUUGUUGAUCCAAGGGAAUUCUAGUAAUGGAGGCAAAUUUU